AUAAUUGGUUCAUUAUAAUUUAAUUUAGAGUGAAAUGGUAUGAUCAAUAAUUACUACAAAUUGCUAUUACAGGACCUCAUGUGCAAAAGAAACGGACUUGAUCCAAGUAUAAAAACAACAUAUUUCCAACAUAAGACAAAUCUGUUAGAUGUGCGAACAUCAUUGUUUGUGGUAGCGGCUCUAGUGACCACCAUUACAUUCGCUGCUGGAUUCACUCUCCCAGGUGGAUUCAAUCAAGAUACGGGUGAAGCAAUUUUGGGGAAGAAGCCAUCUUUUAUUGUGUUUUUGUUAUCAGAUACAUUAACCUUGGUUUUUUCAAUGUUGGUGCUAAUUUGUCUCACAUUGUCCAUGGUCUACGAACCUAGUAAGUCGUUGAUAUUGAUAGAUCGAAGCAUGGUGUUACUCAGGAUGGCACUCAACUUCACCUUAGUCGCAUUUAUGACUGGAGUUUAUAUCGUUAUGUCUCCGAAGUCAUUGUGGGCAACCAUCCUUAUUAUCGUCAUCACAAGUUCUCUGAUUAUAAUUUCAAUCAACAAGAAUGUGUUGUUCAAAGUCAUGGACAGGUUCUUCCCUGCUGCAAAUAAGGAGUGCAAAGAUCCAAUGCGAUUGGUCGAACUGGGGUACAGGAGUCAUCAGGAAUAGCAGGAUUCCCUUCUCGCUAUUCAUAGUGAGCAUGCGUAAUACAACCCAAAGCAUAGAGCCUCAAGCCAAUCAACUUUAAGAUCUACUUAAUUUAAGCUUGUGUGAUGCACAUUUUAAGAUUUUUUUUAUAAAAAAUAUAAUUGUGUUGAGAUCUACUGGAUUUAAGCUUGUGAGAUUGUAUUCAUGGCCAUGCCAUUGCUAGGAAGGCUAUCUUUUAGUCAUAAUUAUUUCAACCUUAAUUCAUUUUAGAUAUAGUCCUAUCACCCUCAUCGUUGUUUGUCCUCGAGUAAAGCUAUAGGCCUGUAGUAGGCUCACGCUUGCAUGUUCUUGACUAAGCUGCAGUGAUCACACUGAUGACUUAGUGUUCGACGACUUGCUUAUCCAUAUUACCACAUUGUAACAUAGUUGCUACCAAUGACUUAUUUAGCACUCUUAGUUUGGAAGGACACUUAUCAAUACAAAAAAACUAUAUAUACAAUAAAACUACUUUAGGAGGCAUUAUAUACCAUACUCCGUAUUAUCUUACCUAUGUACAUCCCUCCCACCCCCUCCCUUCUUAUAACUGUUGGUUAGUCUAAUAAGGAAAACUAUUGAAUUUCAUAGGAGUAAUAUUGAUAUUCUCAUUUUUCCACUUUUUUUUUCCAUUAAUUUUGAAGGGAAAAGUAUGAAAGUUAAGUGAUACAAUUGUAAGGAUUUACAUACAUCUGAAAUUUUAAACAUUUCUAUACUUUUGCUUACUUCCCUCGUUGUUAUGUUACCUCAUUAUUAAAGAGCAGCAAACCAUAUUUGAUCAAUGAAAUUCUUUGGUACUGUAACCCUCACACUUGCAAAAAUGUAAUCCCUGGUCUUCAGAUGCAUUGAACAAUGAUACCAAAAUUACAAGUACAAAAAUUUGGUCGCACUUUACCAGGAUUAUGCAGCACUGUACACCAUUGCUGCUUCCUAAUUUCGCCUUUUACUCUUGGAUAACGCAUGCAAUCGCCUUUCUAAAGUAACAGGAGCUAAUGUUUCUCUGUCAAAACCCCUAGUGCAAA